AAAUUCCAACAUGGCUGAUCACAGUGAAGAAGUCUGAUGAUCGGCGAAGGUCUGGAAAUAAUGUUUUGCCAUUAAUUUUCCAUAGCUCUUCGGGAAAUCGCAGUUUUUUUGGAAUUAAAUUCGCGGGUACGCGUAGCGUUUUCUUGCCGUAGGUGCCCUAUUUGUAGGCCUAAAAAGUGCAAUGUAGCUUUUAAGUGUACUUUACAUAGUAGGAAAAAUUUAGCUGUUAUGUAUGAUUUUUGAUAAAAGUGCAAAGUAGGACCGGUUGUGGUUUGUGCUAUUAAAUUGGUGGAUUAUUAAAGCGAAUUCAGAUGCAAACAAUGGACAAAUCUGGUCAAGCACCUCCAAAACAAAGAGAUUCUCCCAUGUCCGUACCGAUGGUCAACCAGGGAGCCUCUUUGGAUAGGCCUGCAGAACCGCCUCCUGUUCAAGAAAUAUGUUUUGUUUGCGGAAACAGGGGGCACUUGAGAUCCUAUCCAUUGAGCUCAAAGCCCAGACUUGACAGGCCUAAGGAACCAUAUUUUCCUUUUUUGGAUAGCCACGAGGCGCCCAAAGGAUAUGCAAAACUUUGGGCCAAAUCUGACCCGUCCAUCUUUGCCUCGUGCAGCCUCUGUUACCAGUUGCUGAUCCAACAAUGGGACCAAUACGAACAGACUGCCAGGCCCCAUGCCGAGCGCCUCUAUUGGCUGAAACGUGUAGAUAACGGGCCCUAUACGGGGGCCGAUAUGGGCAUGCAGGGCGAAUAUGCUGCCCAGGUAUUGGGACUGAACACUGAAGGCGGUCCUGCACCUGUGGCUGUUCAACAGCCGCCCAGAACUCUCAGCAGAGAGGAACAGCACAGAGUUAGGGCUUCGCCUAGACCUGUUUCGGCACCGGUUGCAUCCAGCGGACUGGACCGCGACGACAUGGUACCGGAAGGAGCCCUAGAUUUGACUCAUGCAGGGCAAACGCAACAGCACCACGUGGCAGUACCGGCGCAAUCGGUGUCGGUACCGCCGAUACUCUACAGCCAAAAUUCGAACUCUUCUACGGGCACCGACAUAUUGGACCUCAGUAUGCCGGAUAAAAAUUCUGUUACUGAGGUUUGUUAUGUUUGUGGAGAUGAGUUCAAACGCGGAAGUCUCGACUUUAUCGCCUCCAAACAGUCCACGGAGGCGCCUUUGCAGCCAUUUUUUCCUAGCUUGAUAGAGCACCCGAGACCGGGUCGGAGCCGACCCAUUGACUCUUUGGGACGAGUUCAGGCCUGCGUCGAUUGUCAGCAGCACUUGCUGAAACAGUGGGUUACGUUUCAGGGACAGGGUGUCCCUCACACUGAAAGAAAAUACACUCUAAGGAAACGACAGAGCGCAGCACUAGACACUACGACGUUCAUUUGCUACACUUGCGCACUAGAAUACCCUUCGUCUAGCAUAAGAUUGUUGUAUUGUUGCCCUAAUGCCGAAAAGGAACCAUAUUUUCCAUUUAUUCAAUCAUUAAAAGCGCCACCCGGGGCAAGUCCAGUAUCACCACAAGGCAUGGUGCAAGUGUGUUCAACAUGCUACAAAAGCAUUCCACAAAAACACCAGGUUUUUGGUGGCGAUUCCUUAGCUCCGUCGCCAUUAACAAACAACCACGUCAGUGUGACGGAAGUUCAGUACCUCAACAGUACCUCUUCGAGACCUAGUACUGUUAAGAGUCCGGCCAAUUCGGCAGGGUCGGAUAUACGGUACAAACCUUAUGAUAUAAAUCAGGCUUCGAUAGUUACCAGCAAGAAAAAACAGGCAGCUGCCGAACAAAGAAACUCAAAGGCUGCUUUAACUUCAAGAACCAGUUCCCCUCUAGUGGACGUCAACGGUCAUUCGGGGUCGCAAAGUUAUCGCUGUUAUAUCUGCGCCGGGCUCUACCCCCUGGACCAAAUGGAAUGGAUCAGUACCUCGGCCGAAGGGAUGAACUCCCACGCCAUGCAUUUUCCAUGUUUAUCAAAGAUUGGUAGGACAUUGGAAAACAGCUGUAUGGAUUCUCACGGUAGAGUUCUAAGUUGUACUAGGUGCGUCAAUCAUUUAGCCCAACAGUGGGAGACUUAUGAAGCUGAAAGAGUGCCAUUAGAAAGAAGAAGAUACGAUGUCCCUUUACCUGAAUCACCAACAAUUAUGAAUGGCGAUAGAGGUAUCCCCACUCCUCCAAGUACAAACAGUGAAAGAACUGUAUGCAGUCAACCAGCCACAGGCGGUAGCAGUAUUUACUGUUUUCUGUGCGGUUUGCACUCGGAGUUUACUUUGGCACGGGUGGUCUAUAGCAAACCUCAAGGUAGGAAUGCGCCCUAUUUCCCGGCCUUGUUGAGACACAAAAGUCCGCCCAACGCCGAACAGCUCAGGGAGGACGGUAGCGCCCUCGUUUGCACUUUUUGUUACCAUAGUUUAGUUCAUCAGUGGCGUAGGUAUGAGUCUCAGAGUGGCCACGCACCGGCGGCAGAUAGGCGCGAAUAUAAUACUCACGACUACUGUUGUUACGUGUGUGGGAUCACUACUUAUCGGAAAAGGGUUCGGGCGUUACUUAUCAAAGAUUUUCCUUUUUUGCGGUUUCAUCCGCAGCCGGAAAAUUCGCUGCUUCUGGAGAACGGUGAUUUUUCAGUCGUAUGUCUGGAUUGUUACGAAACCUUGAGGACGCAAUCGUUAGAAUAUGAAAGGUGGGGCUUGCCCUUAGACAAACGACAAUACAACUGGAUAACUCAACCGCCGCCUCCAGAAGACAGCCCCGAAGCUGGUAUCGCCCGGUUACCAAGUGGACAACGAAGUGAUAAAGUCGCACCCCCAACGUUCCUAGCAAAGCCCGCAAGAAAAAACCAUUCACCAAAAAUUAUGGAGAGAAAAGCAAAUUCAAAGACUGAACAAAACUCAGGUGUACCUAGUAGCCCAAACAAACUACCUCCGGCCAUUUCGGCCUCGACCAACGGCAUACCACCACCAAGUUCAGUUGGUUCCCCAGUUGCGACCCCAAAGCCCAGAACCCCAGCUUCUAGCCACGUCUCUACUCCAGCUCCAGGACAAGGUGGUAAUCAGUACAACCAUUCGUUUGCCGCUGCGCUCAGAAAUCUUGCGCAGCAGAACGUACCCGGCUCGGAACCAGCACCGAUUGUCGAACCACCGACUGCUCAUAGAACUAGAGAAAGAGAACCUGCGCCGGAAAAAUCGAAACAGGUCGUCUCCGAAGUUCCAACGUACGCGACGGCCCGGUCAGCAGUCGAUGCCAGGCUAAGUUCGAAUCCAGCCGAUCGAUAUCCUGGAACGCUCGCUGACUUGGGCCGGAGCGGAUUUCAACCUUACAGACCUGAAGACCACAGAAUACCUCAAGUGCCGGUCGGCUUAGAAAUGGCCGGCUAUCCGUCACCGUACUCGCACUACCCUUUACCAUUAGUAUCUGAAGAACAACUUUAUUACGAGAGAAUGUUGAGGCCUUCUUGGCCCAUGGCUCAUCCUUACUUACCGUAUUUAGGAUUGCCUGCGGCGUCUAUGCCUCUUUACAUGCACGAAAGGUAG